CCUCCCAUGAACUCACCGCUCCAUGCAAGUACGACGUACAUAGUAGUAAUACGUAUCCGUGCCAUAACAUUCUGCAUCGGGUCAGCAGCACCAGAUGGAGGCAUUGGUUUUUUUUCCCUCUUUUUUUUUCACAAGCUUUGCUCGGCCCAGUUGCAUUGUGAGGCUUGCACGCUUGUCCUGCGCUUAUGUCCGGCCCCUGUUCCAUUCUUCCUGCCGCGAAGGGGGCCAGUACCGAAUCGGUAACGGUCCAGGGGCGGCCUCGGGCAACCCUUGCACCAAUUCACGGGUGGUGCGGCCAAUGUCAACUUACCGCCCGCGCACCAGCGGCUAUCGUCAGAUUCCGGGUCCCCGACCCCCGCCGCCUCAGCCGCCUGAGUUUUGCCCAACAGAUGCGAGAGGGAGGAAGCAGGAAGCGGUACAUCCAUCCAGAGGCCCGAGAUCUAAAUCCUUCUCCGUCCCUCCUCUACCUUUCCCCACAGCGGAGGGCUGUAAGAUGCCGGCUGACCGUCCAUUCAUGAUGUCGCAAAGAGGAGCAUCGUUCUGGGCGGUCAGCCGGGGUGUGGACACUAACACUGGGGAACCAAGCCGGAGCAAACCAACAACGGGUGUUCAAAGCGAUAUGAGUCUUCCCCCUUUGAGCCCCGAGCUGCCAUUCACCCGGUUGCAGCGCCCACCCACAGCGGAAAGAAGAGAGAGAGAAAAACAAGUAUGGAGCUUUAUGUCCGUCAGCUAUGAACGAGGGUUAGAUAUACCAGCAUCACUGUCACAGCCCCCCUCCCCCACUCCUCUGGAAGAUUUCCUUGAUCGUGGUACCAUUGUCUUGAUAAAUCUGGGUCGUGUCACUCUCUCAGAGAACGGGUUUGGUACUCGCGUUGGAUGGGCUUGUCUUGAAUCGAAUCUUCGGCCGUGCCCAAAUUCAGGUUGUUCCACUGAUCGAUGGGAUUUUGGCCACGUCUCUUGGGGUCUCGGUCAAGUUUUCUCCAGGUGUGGCAUGUCGCCCGCCUGUGCAGAGAAACCCCUUCCCAAUGCGCGUAUAACAGUUGCAGCGCGUCAACCGGCCGACAGACGCAAUGUGCUGUCGUCCCCUGGAGCGUACUUGUACAGACGGCGGAUGGGCGGAUACCUCGCGUCCCUGCCGGAGGAGGAUCCAGUGUAUCGAUAUACGCUCAUUUUCGCUGCAAGGUGGUAGGAGCAAAUGGCAAGUGAGGGCAAGUCAGAUCAUGUCUCGUUUCCUUCUUCGUCUC